GCGUGGUCACGUGACGUACCCUGAACCGCAGCCACGUCGCCAGGAGAAUCAGGAAGCUUUCCAUUCACUCCACUUCCUUGGUAGCUUCUUCUUCAACAACUGCAAGAAUGGCCCAGUUUGAGGAAGUAUCCCAGAAAUCUGCAAUCCACCCUAAACCUGUAGGGUUGGUCCUACAGUAUGGUACUGCUGGGUUCCGCACCAACUCUAAGCAGUUAGACCACGUCAUGUUCCGAAUGGGUUUACUGGCCACACUCCGCUCCAAGAAGACUAAGGCCACCAUCGGAGUCAUGGUCACUGCGUCACACAACCCUGAGGAGGAUAACGGGGUGAAGCUGGUGGACCCCAUGGGGGAGAUGGUAACCCCUGCGUGGGAGGUCUAUGCCACCCAGCUGGCCAACGCGGAGCAGGAGGAGCUCCUCACUGCUCUGAAAGACGUCAUAGAGAGAGAGGCCAUCAGCAUGGCCCAAGAGGCCAGCGUGUUCGUGGGCAAAGACACCAGGCCCAGUAGUGACAGCCUAUCACAGGCAGUACUGGAUGGAGUCCACGCCCUGGGAGGCCACAGUAAAGACUAUGGCUUGGUGACCACACCCCAGCUGCACUACAUGGUAUGCUGUCAGAACACCCAGGGUCGCUAUGGUGAAGCCACUGUCAAAGGUUACUACCGGAAACUCUCCCAGGCUUUCAUCCAGCUCACUAAGAAUGUGCCUAACCGUACAGAUGAUCAGAAGGCCCUGCUGGUGGACGGCGCUAAUGGUAUCGGGGCUCUGAAGGUGUGUGAGAUGGAGACCUACCUGAAGAAUGAGCUGCAGUUGUCCCUCUUCAACGACGGCUCCAGCGGAAAACUCAACCACCUGUGUGGAGCCGACUACGUCAAAGUACAGCAGAGAGCUCCCAAAGGGGUGGAGAUGACUGCUGGGGAGCGUUGCUGUUCCUAUGAUGGCGAUGCUGAUCGUAUAGUUUAUUACUACAGCGGCUCUGCAGGGAGAUUCCAUCUGCUAGAUGGAGACAAGAUUGCCACUCUCAUCAGCACCUACCUCAAAGAACUGCUCACACAAGCUGGUCUUGACCUGCAGAUAGCCGUGGUGCAGACAGCGUAUGCUAACGGCAGCUCUACACAAUAUCUGGAAGAUACCAUGAAGGUGUGGACACACACACUCCUCAGUCUUUCCAACACACACAUGCGAUCAGUGCUGACCUCUCCUCCCUCUUCCCAGGUAAUAGUGAGGUGUACCAAGACAGGAGUGAAACACCUUCACCAUGCAGCUCAGGAGUUUGACAUUGGUGUUUACUUUGAGGCUAACGGCCACGGGACUGUUCUGUUCAGUAAAGCAGCAGAGAAGAAGAUUCAGAAGCUAGCCCAGGACUCCAACACCAACGCUGAGAGGAGGAGAGCUGCACUUCUACUGCAGAACACGGUUAACCUCAUCAACCAGACUGUAGGAGAUGCUAUUUCUGACAUGCUGCUGAUUGAGGCUGUGUUAGCCAUCAGAGGGAUGACAGUACAACAAUGGGACGCAAUCUACACAGACCUGCCCAACAGACAGCUCAAAGUCAAGGUGGCAGACCGGCGGGUGAUUGACACUACAGAUGCAGAGAGGAGAACAGUGAGUCCAGCAGGUCUGCAGGAGGCCAUAGACAGCCUGGUGAAGAAGUACAGACAGGCACGCUCCUUUGUCCGUCCCUCUGGCACAGAGGAUGUGGUCCGAGUGUACGCUGAGGCAGACACACAGGAGAGUGCCGAUGCCCUGGCACAUGAAGUUAGCCUGGCAGUGUACCGCCUCGCUGGAGGAGUAGGAGAGGAGUCUAAAUCGUUAUAAAACACACACACACUAUGCAAUUUAAGUCUAUUGAAAAAUCCACUAAUCUCCUGAAGAUGGACCACACUUCCUGAACCCAGUCCCAUUUUGUAGCCUUUUUAUCAGGUGCCAAAUCAUUUUAUACGGUAUACAGCAUUUAAUACUGUAUUAUUGCUACUUUUCUAUGAGUCUGAAAAAUGUGAUUGAUUUCAGUCAAUGUGAAGGGAGCAUAUGCUAAAUAAGGUAAACAUUUUAAUCCCCCUUCUUACCCAACCUUAAUCCUGUCAAUGUAUUUGUUUUGUACUUUUCCCAUGUAAUUAUAAGUGUUUACAUUACCAGUUAUUAUUGUAGAUCAAUUUAGCAUAUCUGAGUAUCUGCACUACUAUGAACAGAUCUCAACUGGAAAGACUGUGCUGCUAUGUAAUUGUUCAACACCAAGAGUAAAGAUAUGAAAGUGAAACUGACA